UAUUUGGUCAAUGAGAUAUCUUAAGAUGGGCCCAGUCUCUCACUUUUCUUUCCCUUCAAAGGUCUCUCUUGCUUUUCUCGCCGAUCAGAUUGAAAGAGCCAUGUCUCUGCUUCCGAUGUUAACCGCCUCGUUCCUCUUCCUCUUCUGCGUCACUCCGCCGUUCAUCACCGCCGCAACAGACGACGAUCUACCGACGGCGUAUUCCCUCCUCCAGAGCUACAACUUCCCCGUCGGAAUCCUCCCCAAAGGAGUCUCAUCGUACGAUCUGGAUAAAUCCACGGGGAAGUUCCACGCGUAUUUCAACAAGUCGUGUAGCUUCGCUCUCCAAGGCUCUUACCAAUUGGAUUACAAAUCGACGAUCUCCGGCGUCAUAUCGGAGAACAAGCUCACGAAGCUUACCGGCGUGAAGGUGAAGGUUCUCUUCUUGUGGCUCAACAUCGUGGAGGUUAUCAGGAACGGAGAGGAGCUCGAGUUCUCCGUCGGGAUCACUUCGGCGAAUUUCGCCAUCGGAGAGUUUUACGAGUCGCCGCAGUGUGGAUGCGGGUUUGAUUGCAAUGGAUUGAAGUUGAAAAGUGAGAGUUUGGGAAGAGGAAACUCUUUUGUCUCUUCGGUCUGAAGGAAGUUUGACUUUCUUUCUUACAGAAAGUCAAACUCUUUGGAUGACUUGUUCUUUUACCAAUCAGUUGUCAACUUUAUGUUUCUGUGGUUAAUUUUAAUUUUUUUGGUAUUCAAGGAUCCUUUGGAGUAAACCAACCAAUGUGUUGAAUGUCCAUGAUAAAUGUAUUUUGCUUAUUUUUUAAUC